UCGUACACUGGGUACGCUUGUGUAGCCUGGGCGGACAGUGUGGUUACAUUAAUAUAGAGUGGAAUAAAAUGCCGUGGAUGUGUGUAAAUAGAGACGCCUCUUCAACGCGAUUGUAUACUGCCUCUUAGUUAAGACGGGUCAACUCCGAAGAAGGCUGCGCCAGGGCUAAUUUCGGGGUUUAUCAGCAAUAUUUCAGGGAACGGAGUGACGUCCUCCAUGCCGCAGCAGCUGCACACAUCAGUCCCCGCUGAAUAAAAGAUGAACUGAGGACCUCUUCCACAUUUCCACGUCCCAAAUCGCUGCUUCUUUCCCGCUGCCCUUUCAGAGCAAGAGCUAACCGUGUUGCCUCACCACACCUGGACACAGAGAUGCGCGUACGUGCAUGUCCUCAAAAUGCAUGACUGUGUUUGAGCGUGUUUCUGCUUCGCUUACGUUCUCAUCUUCAGAGAGGCACUUUUCCACUUGACUGACUUCAGCGUUAGUGUUCACGACUACAAAGCAUAAUGGGGAGGAAAAAGAUUCAGAUCCAAAGGAUCACCGACGAAAGGAACAAGCAGGUCACAUUCACGAAGCGAAAGUUCGGCUUGAUGAAGAAGGCCUAUGAGCUGAGUGUGUUGUGUGACUGUGAGAUCGCCCUGAUUAUCUUCAACCACGCCAACAAGCUGUUCCAGUACGCCAGCACCGACAUGGACAAGGUUCUGCUCAAAUACACGGAGUACAACGAGCCGCACGAGAGCCGGACCAACGCAGACAUCAUUGAGACUUUGAGAAAGAAAGGUUUCAACGGCUGCGACAGUCCAGAGCCGGACGGCGAAGACUCAAUUGACCAAAGUCCUCUGAAUGACGACAAGUUCCGUAAAACCACGGAGGAUCUGGACGUCCUCUUCAAACGCUACGGCCAGACGGCGGCUCCGCCUCAGACCUUCUCCAUGCCAGUCACCGUCCAGGCGUCCAAUCAGAGCACACUGCACUUCAGUAAUCCUGGCAGCGCACUGGUAACUACCUCCUAUGUCACAUCAUCAUCGUUGACGGAUACCCACCUCCUGUCGCCACAGCAACCGGCUCUCCAGAGAAAUACAGUGUCUCCGGGGUUGCCACAGCGACCAGCCAGUGCAGGUGCUCUCCUCGGAGGCGACCUGAAUAAUUCAAACGGAGGAUGUCCAAGUCCAGUCUCUAAUGGAUACACCAGCGCCAGGGCCUCCCCAGGUCUGCUCACCGUCUCCAACGGCAACAGCCUGGGGAAAGUAGUUCCGGCCAAGUCCCCGCCGCCCCCUCCCAGCCCGCAGAUGGUCAACAGCCGUAAGCCGGACCUGCGAGUCAUCACCUCGCAGGGCGGGAAGAGCCUCAUGCAGAUGACAGAGGAUGAGCUGGAAUUGGUAAACGAGAACGCCCAGCGGCUGGCGGCCGGAGCCCAGGUGGCACAAACCCUCACCACACCUGUGGUGUCUGUAGCCACACCGAGCCUCCUGGCACAGGGUCUGCCCUUCUCCGCCAUACCCACAGCGUACAACACAGAGUACCAGCUGACCAGUGCGGACAUCACUGCUUUACACGCUCUCGCGUCACCAGGCGGCUUGUUGCCGACCACCGUGUCCACAUGGCAACAACAGCAGGCCGUCUCCCAGCAACAACAAUCCCAACAGCAGCAACAGCAGCAGCAGCAGCAGCAGCAGCAGCAGCAGCUUAACCUUGCAUCACUCAGCAACUUGGUCAUGUGGGGCGUGGACAAACAGAGCAGCGAGCUGUCUAGCCAAGUGUCCAGUCUGGCUGCCAAUCUGAGCGUUGGCUCUCCGUCCAACCUGCUCUUGGGUAGAGAUGAGUGGUUGGGCCGGCCGGCAACCCACAUACCUCAAGGCGCCAUGCUGACCGUCAACACCAGCUCCAGCGUGAGCAUCAAGUCGGAGCCGGUCUCGCCCGGCCGGGACCGGAGCACCCCGUGUCCUCCCCCCGCGCCGCCUCCGUCCACCACGCCGUCCUCCACGUCCGGAGGCGCCAUCUUGACGGCGCCGCCUCAGUACCCCAGCUCGCUGCUCUGCCUGGAGCCGCCGACGGGCCGCUCGCCCGCAGACAGCGUCAGCAGCAACGCCAGCUCCUUCGAGGGCAGCGACCGCGACGACGCCAGCGCCGGCGGUGGCGGUGGUACCGGAGGCGGAGGCGGCGCCACCGAGCUCCUCAGGGUGUCGAACGAACCGGAUCAGGAUGGAGGAAACGUAAAACGCAUGAGAUUGGACGCCUGGGUCACAUAGAAGUCGCCUCUCGUCGCCCAGAGGAAGUUCUGACUUGUAAACACUUACCUUCAUUAUUAGCCCCCCACGACCCCGUGACCCCACCACUCCACUGCCAUGUGACACUAUCACCACACGUCUGCACCUGUCCUGCAUUACACGCCGCCAUCUUGAACUCACAGGGCUUCGCCAAAGACUGGUUUGGAUGUCUGAGCUCAGCUGGAUUCGGGUUUUCAAGGCCUUGAACGUAUUUCUGUCGUGAUUUCUGAGGCGUUUGACCUUUUUUUAUGCAAUUCGACGCAACCACAGAACAUUUUUCACGUGGUUUCUCAGCGACCUUCUUCUACUCACGCGGAAGCGCGUGGAUCGGUGGCUCCUCGGCGUUACGAUUCGCCUGCUGCAUGACCUGUCACUUCCUGCUCCUGCAAUCCCGCGGCGUUUUGAUCGCGUGCUGUCCAUUUUCCCCCCGUGAUUUCGCCUGGAGACGUUUGAAGGCUGCUGGGAAAUGUUUGACUGGACGCUUUAGGUACGGGGUUCCUCCACUGCCUGGAAAAGUCUGGAAUUUGACUUCAGAAUUUUCCAGGUCUGGAAAAACAAGAGCUUGGAAAAAAAUGUGCAUUUAUCCUUCAUGUUUCCAACUCUGUAGUCUUUCUUUAUUUGUGUCCUACUUCCUUUCCUAGUGUCCUUCUGUUUAUUGUCCUCUCAUUUUUGUCCUUCUUUCCUUCCUAAUUUCCCCCCAUCCUUGUCUCCUACUUUCCUUUUGUACUUUUCCUCAUUUCUAGAGUCCUACUUCAUUUUCAACUUUUCUUUCCUUGUCCCCUAUUUUCCUUUCCUAUUGUUUCCCCCUCACUUGUGUCCUACUUCCUCUCCUAAUGUCCCUGCUCCCUAGAGUCCUACUUCCUUUUCUACCAUCCAUCCUCUUUGUCUCCUAUUUUCCUUUGCUAGUGUUUGUCCCCUCCUUUGUGUCCCAUUUCCUCUCCUACUAUCUCUCCUCCAUAGAGUCCUAUUACCUUUUCUACAAUCCAUCCUUCCUUGCUUUCUUCUUCCUUUCCUAUUGUCUUUCCUUCUUUAUAUCCUUCCUUCUGGACAUUCCUUCAUUGUGUCCUACCUCCCUUCCAAGUGUCCUUCUUUCCUAUCAUCCUUGUGUCCUUUUCUUUUGUUCAAGUUACUCUCUGUCCUCCCUUCUUUCCACCUUUCCUUCCUUAUUUAAAUCCCUCCGUCAGUAGAAAUGUCUCCCUCAGAUAAAUUUAAUAUCGAUGCUCGAUAUGAAAAUUUGGGCCGAUAUCCGAUAUCAAUAGUGCUGUUUUGGCCGAUAACCGAUAUAUAUAUAUUGGUUAUUUCAUUUAUCGGGCCGAUACGAUAGAGUCCAAAGAACUGGGAGUUCUGGUCUGGGAUUUUUCCAUGGAGAUGUGAAGGAACCCCGUUUGUAGGAAGAGCCUCCAGAAACGGGGCGGAGUCGAGCGCCAGCGUGCCAACGUCGGCUCUUCUUCUUCUUCAGAACAAAACCAGACGCCAAACGUCUCCCUCGGUGUGGAGACGCAGCAGACUUUGGGAGCUCCUCCAUCCAUAGGAACUUUAACGAGCCUCUUUUAGUUUUCUUUAGUAUUUGGUUCUUCGGAGUCCAAGUGUUCUUUAUCUGUUGGUAUUUUAAACAUGUUUCGCAGGUCCGUUAGUCGUCCAGAGGUAGAAAUUCAGACUUUGUAUUAAAAAAAAACAUAAUAAAAAAAAAUAGGAAGAAAAAAAAAAUUCACUCCUUAUACAAAAGCUUUGAUGUCCUCUUUAGCUCUCUAUAUCCCUCCAUAGCCGUGUUUGGAAAAGUGAAAGGAAAAAAGACUUUUUCUAUAUUUCUACCGCUUCGAGUCGGCGACAAAGUGAAAUAGCUUUUUGGCUUCAACCACGUGUCUGUACAUAAUGAGUAUAUUUGCAUAGACUUUGCUAGGUAUCCCUAAAAACAAGCAAUGUGUUGAUUCUCAGUGGAUCUGUCCGCAUAUAUGAGUGUGACUUUGAUAUGUUUCUGGAGCCGCGGUGCAGGGGGCGGGGCUAGUUUCAGUAAUCCUCCAUUUUCUUCUAGUGUUGAUGGCGUGCGCACUUUGUCUCACAGAGGCCUGCUUGGUUGUGGUGUCAUCAUUACUCUCCUGCCACACAUCUUUAAAAACCCACAAAUGAAGGUAAAUCGUACACCGUGAUGUAAACUCUUUAUUACUAUUCUUGUUAGGAUUAUCAUUAUUAUUAUUAUUAUUAUUAUUAUUAGGACACUGCCAUUCACUUAUAUUGUAGCGAUGGAGAUGAAAUACACUUUGAAUUGAGUGUACCAUGUAAAAAUGUUUUCCACUUUAAGCAGUCACAGAUGAUGCUGGCUUUCCUCUUUGCAGAUUGGUUUCAAGUUUUCUGUUUUUCUGUCAUUUCAAGUGUGAGCCCAGGAGGAGUAGAAAGCUUGCUGACGAACCUGUUAUAUUUUCAUCUGUCCCGACAAGGAAUUAAGAUGUUAAUAUUUCACCUAAAAUCAGGUUGGAGCUCUGGACUUUAAGAAAUAUUUGAUACGCAGCUUCUUUGUUGUGGUUUCGGAUCAGAUCAGAUACUCCAAAGAUGCAUAAAUUAGGCUUUUUCUGUUCUGAAGAAAACCAGGGCUGAAACGAUUAAUCACAUUAAUCUGAUGAAUAGAUCAUUGGAACAAUCGUCAACCUAUUUAGUAACUGAUUGAUAAUUAACAGGAGUUUAUAAAUUCAAAAGGAAAAGUGUUUUUUGCUGAAAGAAAGAUACAGUCAGAGCAGAAAACUGCAAAAACAUGAACAUUUAAAAAAAAAAAAAAAAAAGCUAAAGGAAUGCUGUUAUUUCACUUCAGGUAAUCACAUGUUUUACUUUUUUUUUUAAAUGUAAUUAUUUAUUUGAGUCUUUUACAAUACUUCUAAUAUUUAAUUAUUAUUUUUUUUAAAAGGCUGAAGUGGUGAAGAAUGUCUACAUUCUUCCACCUGAUUAAUUGUCAAAAUAAUUGAUUAAUCACCAGAAUAUUUGAUGAAUCGAAACAAUCGUUAGCUGCAGCUCUAAAUAAAAUCUGUCAUUUUCAAACAGAAAAUAUCCUAAUUUAUGCAUCAAGCAUGUGUCUCUGAUUUUUAUCAAAUAAGAAAAGCAGCAUAAACUUGUUAAAUGGUGAGAAUCUUUACUUUGAAUGCACUUAAUGAAUAAGAGGUCAGGAUUUGACCUGCUAAUCAAAGGAAAAAACUGGACAAUUCCAGCCUCUGGUUUGCUGAUUUAGCACUAGACUAUUGAUUUUUACUCAAUGCUUUUAUUAUAAAGUAACCCAUUGAAUACAUAAUGAACUCAAGUCUUACCAUUUCUCUUUAAUUUUCUUUUUGAGCUGCAAUAAAAGAAAAAAGGAGCAGCACAAGGCAAGCUGUGUUGCUCAGUAAUCAUCUUAUAUUAUUAAUUAACAUAUCAGAUAUCCAUCUGAUAAUUGAUCCACGUUUGCAUCCAACUGACGAUAAUUUUCUGCAAUAAUCAGAAAAUUGCUUCUGAUUUUGUUUGUGCUGUGAAUUAGAAUUUCUCGACAGGAUGCAACAAAUAUAAUUAUCCACAUUUAACUGAGAUUUACAUUUAUUCGAAUCUCAGUUAAGAUAAAAAUAGAAAGUAAAUUAUCACCAGUGUACUUCAUAAUUACUGGCACCCCUGAUAAUGAUGCCUUAAAAAACUAGUUCUAGUUUAACAAUGGACUCUGACAGAAGAGGCCCGCAGCAUCACAGAUCCUCUAAAGUCUGUUUUUAUGUCAGAUUGAAAUUCUGAUCCUGCUGGGGUUUUUCAAUUUAAUUCAAAUUCAAAAGCACUUCAUUGAUACCCAGUGGAAAUUAAAUAAAAUUUAAUUAAUCUGACCAAAGAAGCGAGCCCCAGGAUGUUUACGUUUGUGAUAGUAGGAAAUAAAAUGACUUUUUUCCAAACUUUCAGCAUAUAAACACAUUUUAAUGUGGACUUUUUUGAUUGUAAUUACUCCUUCUAACAGCAAACUUGUUUGAAGUUUUAACUUUAAUUGUUUCUCUGACUUUAGUUAAGAGUAAGUUGAGGAGAGUAGCUAAUUUCUUUAGCGUUUUUCUAGCUGUGCAUGAAUGUCGUUUUAAGGAGUUUCUAAGUAAAGUCGGCCUGUUAUGAUUAAAUGCUCUCCAAAGUUUGAAGCUGCUGCAGCAAUAAGUCAUUUUUCACACAUCUUUAGCGGGGGUGCUAGUAGAUGUGAAGACGCUGGAAGUCGUAAUCGGUGUGAAACGAGUUCGUGACUCUGAAAGCCCAACACAACCGCUAACAACCAGUUAGGAACAACAGCAUAAAUUUAUUUAUUUUUCUGUUUUUAGCACCUCAUCUGGCUUCAGAAGCCCCCCAAACCCCCAUGCUCUUCAUUUUUGUAGGAUUUUUGACAAAUAGACAAAAGCUUUUCAGACUUUCCCCUCUGAACUCUGAUUCUCUGCUGGUGGGCGCUGACAUUUCGCCGAUUUUUCUCCUUUUUUUCUCUCAGACAUGCAAAGAAAGGUUGCAGUGUAGAGACAAUCUAUAUGAGGAAAACUGCACCCCUGUUACCUGUUGUGUAUAAUGUUUUUCAGAAACUCACUAUUUUUGGAUUAAUUUGUGCUGGUGACAGUUCAGACGUCUGUUUAUUAUGAUGAUGAUAUUCUGGAGCUUUUAUUUUAUGGCUAUAUUUUUGUGUAGGAUAGCUGUUUUCGUUCCACCUCUUUUUAAUCUUCCUUAUCAUAAACAUACAGUACUGGUUUCCUUUUCUUGUUUUGAAACAACUUGCUGAAAAUUGCACGAUCAGUUCUUGUGGUAUUAGCAAAUGCAACGAAGGAAAUACCAGUUAAAUGCUGCAGUUUUAAUUAAGAUAUAUAGAAUAUAUUUAUAAAACGGGAAACAGAAAUUAGUCAUUCAUGGAAUAAAAAACAAAACAUGUAAAUGCAUGGGACACAGGUAACAGCUAAGCUUAUGUUACGUACAGUAAUGAUAAGGACAUGCAUCAUAAAUGAGUUAAAACAGCUCAGAAUAAUGUAGCAUAUGAAAUACUAAAGAUGAAAUUUAUAGCUAAUAUAUUGUGUCGAGCUGGUCUGCUUUGGGUUUUAUUGUAAAGAAGAUAUUUCUUUUUUUUGUUGUUCUCUUUGUUCUUGAGAAUGAUAUACAGUUUGUGUAUAUUUUCAUAUACAAAGUAUGCACUGAUAUGUUAUUAAAAUUCUAUACCGCUUUUACAAAAAAAGUGUUUGUUGUACCAAAGUAUCCAAGUCCCUUGAAACCUUUAUCCUUUUUGCGUAUGUUUUACCGUAUUUUAUAUAUUAAAUAGACAAACUGAGUGAAAUGA